UGAAAAAAAAAAAAAAAUUUAGCAGCAAAGCAGUGUUCGAGAGUUUUAAGAGCGAUUGAUCUUCUGGUUUAAUUUGUGUGUUCUUCCCCCCCCCCUUCUCUGUAAUCCCCGCUUCUCUGAAUCCCUUUCUGUUAAUCAUCUGUCUUUCAAAGAGUUAUGAUUUUUGGGUUUGUUUUUUGGAAAUAACAUAAAAAAAAAAAAAAAAAAAGCAAACUUAGAAGGAGUUUUCAGUCGAAAGCCAGGUGUUUUCAGAAUCGAGAUCCAGGUUUUAUAUAAUUAUUUUUUUCUCAGGUUUUAGCUAAAUUAAAAUUUUAUUUUUGGGGGUUUGGAAAAAUCAGUUUAGAGGGUUAAUUUUUGGUCCCUCAAGGUUGGUUUUUGUUCGAUUUUCUGGGAGUAAAAGAGGUUGAUUAUUUAAAAUCUCUUUCCCAUUUUCUGUUUUUGGGUUGUUCUUAAUUUUCUGUGAAAAACCCGCUUCCUGUUCUUUAAUUUUGAUAAGAAACAGGUUGAUUUGUAGAUUAAUUAAUUUCUCUCGUGUUAUCUAAAAAGUUUUAAUUUUGUGAUUUGAGUGUGUGUUUUGGAGGCAUGGCAGCUACAAUGGAUUUCUACAGUUGCAGAUCAGCUCUUCACUCAUCAUCAGAUCCCUUCAGAGGUGAGCUGAUGGAAGCACUUGAGCCUUUUAUGAAAAGUGUUUCUUCAUUGCCGCCGCCGCCGUCUUCCCUUCCCACCACCACCUCUUCUCCUCCCUUUUCCUCCGCCCCUCUCCUCCCUUCUUUCCCCUCUACCUCCUACGACUUCCUCUCUUUCCCAAACCAGCCCACUUACUACCACGACGGUUGCUCCACCUCUUCUAUGACCCAGGUGUUUUCAGAUGGGUUCUUUGAGCAGCAACCGCCGUCAAUCGGGCUGAACCACCUCACCCCCUCCCAGAUCCACCAGAUCCAAGCUCAGAUCCAGUCUCAAUCCCAACCCCAACAGCCCCAAAUCUCUUGGGAUAACUACCACCACCAAGUUUCCCAGACGUCGUCUCGUACCCUCAGCUUCCUCAGCCCCAAGCCCAUCCCGAUGAAGCAGGUGGGCUCGGCUGGUUCGCCGCCGAAACCCACCAAGCUUUACAGGGGUGUGAGGCAACGCCACUGGGGAAAAUGGGUCGCUGAGAUCAGGCUCCCUAAGAACCGCACCAGGCUCUGGCUCGGAACUUUCGACACGGCGGAGGAAGCCGCUUUGGCUUACGACAAGGCGGCGUACAAGCUCAGAGGCGACUUCGCCAGGCUCAAUUUCCCGCACCUCCGCCACAACGGGUCCGUCGUCGGAGGCGAGUUCGGUGAGUACAAGCCUCUGCAUUCCUCAGUCGACGCCAAGCUUCAAGCCAUCUGCGAAGGCUUGGCCGAGACUCAGAAACAGGGCAAGUCAGGGAAGCCAGCCAAGAGGUCCUCCGCCGCCAGCCGACAGCCGGAACCGGAGACUUUAGCGGUCAAGGUUGAAACCGCGUCGCCGGUGACGACUGAUAGCGAAGGGUCUGCCGGGUCUUCGCCGCUGUCUGAUCUGACUUUCUGCGACUCCACGGAGCCAUGGGAGAACAGCGGCGCUUCCGAGAGCACUUCCGUGUUGGAGAAGUAUCCGUCCGAGAUUGAUUGGGCUUCGAUCCUCAGUUAAUUAGUGUUUAUCAAUCAUGUUAAAUUGUAAUCGAGUAUGUUUUAGUCUGGUCAUCAGUCUUAAGUAAUUGAGUCAGUUGAGUAGGGUUUAUAGUGGUUACUGCAAUCAAGUUUUUGGCAUUUGCAGAGCUGCAUUUGAAUUAGGGUUUUAGUUGGUUGAAUUGGGUUUUAUUAUGUUAAUAUAAAUAUCAUGUAAAAAGUCUUCACCAUGUUCAGCUGGUUUUUUCCUAGCUACACCAUGAAUGAUUCAACUUCCGUUAUAUA